AUGCACCUUGUUGUCAACAUUGUCUGCGGUGGUAACGAGGAUGACAAACUCAAAGCAGUUGCGGCGAUUCGCAAAAUGAUCGAUGAAUGCGCAAAGGCUGGCUACGGAGAAUAUCGAACCCAUACCCUGCUUGCAGAUCAGGUAGCGCACAUGUACGGCUGGAACAACCAAGCAAUGCUCAAAUUCCAUGAAGCAAUCAAGGACAGCUUGGAUACCAACGACCUUGCUCCCGGGCGCAACGGUAUAUGGCGGAACAGAUACAGAAAAGCCCAUACAGCGAUAAUAGACAACAUUGGCCCCGAAGACUUGAUCCAGACUCUCAUCUGCUGA